AAUGCCCAAAGGACCUCUUCUCUGGCUGGUGAUUGAGCUUGGAUGGCUUUAUCUGACACCAGCUGCAUCAGAGGAUAUUGUGACUGGGUUUUUGGGUCAGCCGGUGACUUUGCCCUGUUUGUACUCAUCCUGGUCUCAGAGCAGAAACAGCAUGUGCUGGGGCAAAGGCCAGUGUCCCAACUCAAAAUGCAAUGAGGAGCUUAUCCACACUGAUGGAACAAGAGUGAUCUCAAGUAAAUCAGCAAAAUAUGGACUUCAGGGGACUAUCUGGAGAGGCAAUGUCUCUUUGACCAUCUCAAACCUUAAUGAAGGUGACAGUGGUAUGUACUGCUGCCGUAUCGAGGUGCCUGGCUGGUUCAAUGAUGUAAAGAUGAACAUUCGCCUGCAGCUGCAGAGAGCCCCAACAACCACACAUAGAACAACAACAACACUCCAAAUGACAACCAUGCACCCAACUACAACUACGGUCCCAGCUACCACCCCGCGCCCAGCUACCACCCCGCGCCCAACCACCACUCCACGUGUGACGACAACCACAGCUGUGCUUUCAACAACAGUCAUGACUACACCUGACCUCACAACCAGAGCACCAUUUCAGAGAAGAACCACCGCUGUGCUCACAGCAACAGCCAACACAUGCUCUCUGGCGACCUCCAGCUUCCUUCCAGAGACAGCCACAGAAGGGCCCUUCUUUACAGCAGAGUCAGAAACCAUCCGCUCCAGUGACACGUGGAAAAGCGCUGAGUCUACUGCAGACACUGCCCUGAUCACAACCAAAAAAUCUGAAGCUUGGGAUUUCCUGUCAACUCCCCAACAGGACUCAAUAUCGAAAAUGAGUGAUGUAACUUCAUCUCAGCCUAGAGCAUCUGAGACGACAAUUGGGCCAAACAGACCACAGCAGAUGCCGGAACCCUCGUUUGACUUGGGAAAAACUGAGAACCUGCUUUUCAUCAUUGCACCUACCUUGGGAUUUGUGCUGUUGGUAUUGCUUGUGGGCUUUCUCCUGCGAGGGAAAAUCAUGGAAACCAAUUGCUUGCAGAAAGACACAAGGCUAGACAAUGCUGGAGAAUGUAAAAAUGUCCUCAGUGACAUGCAGCAGGAAAGAGAAGAUGAAGAUGGCCUUUUUACACUCUAACAUGCUGCUUUUUCUUAGCAUGACAGAAUGUGGGCAUGACAUGU